GGGGUAUCCCCAUAUAUGUAUGCGACGCAUGGUCUUCCGGUCGUCUAUAGCCCUUACUCAUACGAGCAUAUAUAUGAACUCUAUUCCUUUCUCAAUUGAUUGAGUUGUUCUGCUGCGAUAGACUGGAACAUGGCCUCUUUGAAAGGACCGGGGGCUACCCCAACCUAUGACGGCUCUGGGCUUCGGAUUGCGAUCGUUCAUGCAAGGUGGAACAUGGGCAUAAUUGGGCCUCUCGUGGAAGGGGCCAAGAAGAGCCUUCUGGCAGCUGGUGUAACUGAGGACAAUAUCACAACCCAGACUGUCCCAGGUAGCUAUGAAUUACCAUUUGCAGCACAGCGAAUCUACGCAGCCUCCCAGCUCCAAGCAGCCAAGAGUUCGUCCUCAGGUGAGGGGAUCAGUGCCACAGAUCUGCUCUCCUCCUCUACUAUAGACAUUAGUAAGGCACCGCCACAAUCGCCAACGUCUACUACUCCAAGGCCAUUCGAUGCUGUUAUUGCCAUAGGCGUUCUCAUUAAGGGCGAAACCAUGCAUUUUGAAUACAUCGCAGAUGCAGUCUCUCACGGAUUGAUGCGUGUCCAACUAGAUUCGGGCGUGCCCGUCAUCUUUGGGGUGCUUACCGUUUUGAACGAAGAACAGGGUUUGGAAAGGGCCGGGUUAGGCAAGAAGGGAAUGCAUAACCAUGGCGAAGACUGGGGCAAUGCUGCAGUGGAGCUUGGAGCGAGAAGAAGAGAGUGGGCUGAAGGCAGAGUAGCUUAGAGGGAAGAUUACUUUCUUUCUUAGAAUACAAGGAAUUAUUGAGGU